AUGGGUGCCAGAGCAUGUGAUGCUGUGCCAUUGCAGUCAGAAAGGAAUGCAACAAGUAUUUCACAAUCAAGGCCUUGCUGGGAAAAAGAAGAAUUCAGCAUUAUAAGAGAAUGCACUCCAUGUCAUGAUUAUGAAAAGACUGUGCAUGUAGAAUGUACAUCUACUGGAUUUGUUGAAGAAGUAAAGUGUGUAACAGACCAAAGGUAUAGGAGCUGUCGUUCAGUUGAAAUGGAAGAAUUGAAGUUCUGGAAAUUUGAAGGAAUUAUGGUUUUGCUGGGGGUGAUCUUUGCCAUCAUUGUUAUGUUUAGACAACGAACCCUAGAUAGACGUGCAGAACAAAAAGUGCAACGACAACUUGGGGUGAUUUAAUUAUUUCAUAACUUUAUUGAUGUAUGUUUGAAAUUUUUGGGAAAGAGAGAGAAUACCUUGCUUUUUAAAUUAACCUUUCCUAUUGUGCUGAUCCUCGGUGCUGUGUUUAUUCCAUAAGAUUUGACCCAUGUAUGUUGCAGAAAAGCAAUGAUUCACAUUUUUGUUUUAUUUCAAAUGUUGUCGCUUUCCAGAUGGUUAUAAAUAUUGAGAUGUAAUUAGAUAACACAACCAUUACUAGGGAGACGAUGUACAAUAUUUAUAUGGUGAAAUUAAUGUAAUAAAUUUUUAUUUAUGUAGAAAAUUAAUAAAAUGGUUUGAAAUGAUCUGUUUGUAUUGUUGUCACAUUUUUACAAGAUUUAUUUGAAGUAACAUUUUUGUAUAAAACUAAUGAAAUUGCUCAGGCACUGGUACAGUUCUUGUACUACUGGUGACUUUUUUUGUACUUUGUACUGAACAACUUUGUAUUCCCUCCACACUGUGCUCAACCCAACCGUGCCCCCCCCCCAAAAAAAAAGCAAGCAC